AUGAGUCAAUCAGUUGCACUAAAGAAAAAGGGUUCAAAUCUGAACAAAGCUCAAAGCCCAUUGAAGAAUAUGAACUUUGAUAUGCAAUACCGAUCAAGAACUGAAUUAGCUAACCAAUUCAAGAUUAAGAGAGAACAACUUGCUAACGAACGCAAUGAUAAAGUUCAGAAAGAGCAUGCACCAAUAACGCAUAAAAGAAACAAUUCUAAGGAUUUCAUUCCACAACAAAGAAAGAGUAAAUUGGUUGAGAACAAAUCAGUAAUUCAACCAUCUUCAGGGGAAAAGCUUGGUACCUCACAUUUGGAUAUUGUGAAAGGACAAACUAAAAAGAGCUUAUUUCAAUCUGGAGAGUCCAUUCAACAGAAAAGAAUUAAACUUCCUAUGCACAACUUUAGGUUCCACACGCCUUCCAAGAAAGGUGUUACUGUUUCAGUGUAUGUGACUAGGGAAACACUUGGUAAUGCAGAGGUAAAGAGGAAGUCAGUCAUACCAUCCACUAGUCUUGAUCAGUUUCCACAAAAACAAGCGAUACACAUAGGUGAUGAAACAAAAACUGAUAACCACACAGUAGCUGAUGAUCUUGUGGAUCAAGAAGAAAUCGACGAGGAUGAGUGUUCUAUAGACGAGGAAAUUGACAUUGAUUGUAGUACAGAAGGAAUAUUGGAGGCGGAAAAAGUCCGAGGAAAAACAACAUGUAAGGAUAUUCACGCAAGAAAUUUGGAAGAAAGAAAGGAGGUGACAUUUGAUAAAGGACAAGCAGUGGGUCCAACUGCAAAACGUCCUGGUGACAUUCCAGAAGAUGAAUUCCGUCAAUCGAUCGAGUAUUGGAACAAUCCAACUUUUCAACGUGCAACCAAUGAAAACAAUGAGGAAACAUCAAAUUCUGAAAUGUUUAUUGGAACUCGUACAAAGACGGGAAAGGAAAUUCAAGCCGAUAAUCAAGUUGCAAUAGCUGAACUUCAGAAUCGCCAAAAUUCUUGGGAAAAUACAAAUGAUGCUUUUACGGCAGUGUUUGGAAAGGAGCAGCCUGGUCGACUUAGGUGCUAUGGUAGAUCAGUGACAACAAGUUCUUUGAAGAAAGACGAGGAAUAUAACAAGCUAAAACGGAAACACGUCAAUGAAAUCACUUCUCUAAAAGAAGAAAUGAAAGAAAUGAGAGAAGAAGUGCGACAUUUUUUGUCAAUUGCUUCAAAACAACCCUGGAUUGAAUGUUUGAGUGCACAAGUUGUAGAAGGCCAAAAUCCUCUACGAUCUUUCGGGUCAACUCAUGAUCCGGUUCUUCUAAAGGGAUCCUCCAAUGAUACGAAACCCAUGUCGAAGCAGAAAAAGAGGUCUUUCCAGAAAUCCAGGCUGCAGAGAUCAAGCCUUCAAUAUAUACCAGCUAAUAUUUGGAAUGUGCAAUACACAGAUUUGUUGUUUGUUGUAACUGCUGCUGCAAUCUGCAGAUCAAGCCCUCAAUAUAUACAAGCUGCAAUUUGGAAUUUGCAACAUGCAGAUUUGUUGCUUUCUAUAACUGCUGUUGCAAAGCUUGAAAGUGUAGCUGAUAAGGCAACACUUUUAACCGUAGCUUCAAAGCGUGACCUUUUUGCCAUUAAGGCUACGCUUGAAAGUGUAGCUGAUAAAGCAACACUUUUAAGCGUAGCUACAAAGUGUGGCCUUUUUGCCUUUUGGCUACGCUUUUAA